AGACCUGCUCCCCAGAAGACGCCUCCUGCUUCCCACUGCGCCCUAGAGGACGCGGGCUGGCUGCUGGGCGAGCUCGGCGGAGGCACGCCCCUCGCCUCCCGGCGGAGUGCGGACUCGCCCGGGUGCCCAAACUCCGCCCACCCUCACAGGAGCUCAGCUCUCCCGCCUAACCCCGGCACUCUGGACAGAGCUGGGCUUGGGGAAGGGGCUCCCGAACUGCGCGGACGCCGAACGGGACGCGCUCCAGAAGCGCACGAGUCCGCGGCCACGCGCGCUCCGAUGGCCGCCAGGAGCUGAGCUCAGGGUGGGCGGAGGAAGCGGUUAGACGCCCCGAAGCUGAGCUGCGCGUUUCUAAGGUAGGGAGGAGGAAGAUGCCCCCAAUGAAGUUGAUCUUUGAGCCAAGGAGGCUGGGGAGCACCCUCCCCAUGCUAGAGCCCUGCAGAGCGAGUUUCGCUUGAUCUCGCUGCGCCUCUGGCGCGCUCUGCAGCGCGGACCCGCGGCCCCUCGGGAAAGCGCAGUCGGAAAGUUAUCCGCGGCGGUUCCCUGCGCGCCCUGUUGUGUAAGCUCGGCGUUGCGAGCGGACGGAGAAGUUGCUGGCCUGCGGGAUAGCCCAGUUCGGUGGCGGCCCGGGGCGGAUUUCAUGGCCCGCGGCGAACGCGGGGCCAGAGCCGGCGUGGGCGAGCCCCUGCGCGCCCCCCUCCGCGGGGAUCCAGCUCGCCCGCUCCCUUCCGCUCGCUGGCUUUUCCGAUGCUUGCUGCGCCCCUGGCCGCCGCUGCCCUCUCGCCGCCUCCUACCCCUCGGAGCCGCCGCCUAAGUCGAGGAGGAGAGAAUGACCGAGGUGCUGUGGCCGGCUGUCCCCAACGGGACGGACGCUGCCUUCCUGGCGGGUCCGGGUUCGUCCUGGGGGAACAGCACGGUCGCCUCCACAGCCGCCGUCUCCGCGUCGUUCAAAUGCGCCUUGACCAAGACGGGCUUCCAGUUUUACUACCUGCCGGCUGUCUACAUCUUGGUAUUCAUCAUCGGCUUCCUGGGCAACAGCGUGGCCAUCUGGAUGUUCGUCUUCCACAUGAAGCCCUGGAGCGGCAUCUCCGUGUACAUGUUCAACUUGGCUCUGGCCGACUUCUUGUACGUACUGACUCUGCCAGCCCUGAUCUUCUACUACUUCAAUAAAACAGACUGGAUCUUCGGGGAUGCCAUGUGUAAACUGCAGAGGUUCAUCUUUCAUGUGAACCUCUAUGGCAGCAUCUUGUUUCUGACAUGCAUCAGUGCCCACCGGUACAGCGGUGUGGUGUACCCCCUCAAGUCCCUGGGCCGGCUGAAAAAGAAGAACGCCAUCUAUAUCAGCGUGCUGGUGUGGCUCAUUGUGGUGGUGGUGAUCUCCCCCAUCCUCUUCUACUCAGGUACCGGGGUCCGCAAAAACAAAACCAUCACCUGUUAUGACACCACCUCAGACGAGUACCUGCGAAGUUACUUCAUCUACAGCAUGUGCACGACCGUGGCCAUGUUCUGUGUCCCCUUGGUGCUGAUUUUGGGCUGUUAUGGAUUAAUUGUGAGAGCUUUGAUUUACAAAGAUCUGGACAACUCUCCUCUGAGGAGAAAAUCGAUUUACCUGGUGAUCAUUGUACUGACUGUUUUUGCUGUGUCUUACAUCCCUUUCCAUGUGAUGAAAACGAUGAACUUGAGGGCCCGGCUUGAUUUUCAGACCCCAGCAAUGUGUGCUUUCAAUGACAGGGUUUAUGCCACUUAUCAGGUGACAAGAGGUCUAGCAAGUCUCAACAGUUGUGUGGACCCCAUUCUCUAUUUCUUGGCGGGAGAUACUUUCAGAAGGAGACUCUCCCGAGCCACAAGGAAAGCUUCUAGAAGAAGUGAGGCAAAUUUGCAAUCCAAGAGUGAAGACAUGACCCUCAAUAUUUUACCGGAGUUCAAGCAGAAUGGAGAUACAAGCCUGUGAAGGCACAAGAAUCUUCAAACACCUGUCUGUUGUAAUAUGGUAGGAUGCUUAACAGAAUCAAGUACUUUUCCCCUCUUUAACUUUCUAGUUUAGAAAAAAAUCAAGAAAAUAGUGAGUUAAAAAAAUAAUAGAAGUAGAAAUGCCCACAUCCACACUUAGCUUGUUUGGGUUUGCUUUCAAAGUCUCUCUUCCUUCUGACUAGAAGUAUGUAUAAUAAAACAAUACUACCUAGUUAAACAUUCACUUUCUCUUUUGCCUUUAAAAUUUGCAAGCUUUUCUGUUUAAAGUGUGUGUGCACAUGAGUACUGGGGUUGUUUUUGAUAUUAGUAAUUUCUCUAAGAAAACUAGCCCCCUGCAACUUGAGAUUGUGGUUUAUCUAGACUUUAUUGUUUUUUUUUUUUAAAUCCACAGUAGGAAUAAAACAAAAACCUACAUUCUCAGAAAUAUCUAGCAUGGUAUAACAAAACACUAAACUCAUCAGUUCAUCUGGCAUCAGAUCAAUGGAUCUCUGAGCCGGGUGUUUUUUUCAGUGUCUUAUAAGCAUAGAUGAUAGUUGACUGAGUUUCUUUAGGGCAUUGAAUAGACAAGUAAAGCUAAUGAAUUUAAAAGCCUGAAAAGUGAUUGUUUUCCAGUUAUUUCUGGAAAAGGUCUCAUUAUAUAUUGGGUGCUCAAUGUUCGAUGGGGAAAGCCUGCAUAUAUCAUCAUACUGGUAAAAUGCAUUCAAAAUAAUUAAAGUGCAUGUAUUUUCCUUGUAAACACCAUGAGCUCUCUUAGACAUCUUGUGAUAAACAGCAUUUACUUGCCCCACUGCUGUGCAAUGCCUUAGGACUUUCUUUGUGUUCCAGGACAAGUGUUCACUCACAUCUGUAAAAACAAUUUUAAGAAUCACAAAUAAAUUACAGACCAAAGUUUGAGUAAAGUCAAAUAACUGUUAGUAAGUUGAAGGAUAUUGGACAGGAGGACAGUAGUUCAGAAAAGGAGAGGUUGACAGUCAUCCACAAGGCAUAGCCUCCAAGUAUACUCUCAAAUGUAUGAAGGAACUGGGGUGGGCAGAAGACAUUUUAGAAUGAGGGCUUUAGUUUAAAUUAAAAUCAUGGUGGAGAAGACUCUUGCUUCCUCCAAGUGUUUGAAAACACAAAAUGCUAUAUGAAAAGAAGAAAUAGAAUUUGUAUAGGUUGCAUUGAUAGAAUGGGAAGCUAUCAUCUUUGGAUAAACCUUACAUCUCAAUAUUUAAAGAAAAAACAUAUAUAUGGAGAGGGAAACAUAGAGAAUUAAAGUACCUAGAUACCAUAGCACUGAAAAGUAAAGUACUAAUCAAACUACUAAUAGAAGACUAUUGGUCAGUGUUUUCUAUGUAAUAUUUGUUUUCUGCCAGGCGUUAAUGAAAAAUUUGUAAAAUCUCCAACAGUGUUAAUAAUUUUUAAUGAAUAUUGAAUUGCUGCAUGUCUAGUCCUUGAAAUGGUCAAAUUCUAUAUAAUGAGAAUAAUAAGGUGAGAUAAUGCAAUUGACAAUCCCAAACAAAUCCAGUGUCAAAGGAAUUUUUAGUUUUGGAAGCUAUUCCUCAUAAAGCCAACAUCAGAGUUUGCAACUGACGGUGGCAUAACUUGUUUGAAAGUACUUUACAAGUACAGCAACAUGGGGCUGUAUGUUAAGGUAAGAAAGAACCUUAGUGCCCUGUGGAACAUAAUGACAGGAAAUUCAGGUCUUGAUUUCAGUUCUUGCAAUGCCUAUGUAGAUUGAGGAUUUGUGAGACCUUCAAAGUAGCUUCACUUUACCCAAUCUCUGGCCACUAAGAUCAAUGAAAAAAGCUGUAUUUAACCUUCCUAAGCAGUGAUUCUUUUUACAUGUUCAGUUUUAAUGCAUAGGAUUAUAGAAACCAAAUCGAGAAGAAACCUACCACACCUCCUCAUUUUGAGGAAAGAGAGGGUUAGUAAAGUUCUCACUUCAUCAGGCUCAAAUAACAUCCGUUUUAGAUUCCUACAAGACAAAAUCUAAAAUAUGUCAUUACUUUAUUGACCUUGUUAAACAAGAUCAAUAUCAUUAAACUGACCAAGAUGGAAAUUACAGGACUUGUACCAAACUUGAACUUGUAGCCUAAUGAUACACAUUUUUAUAAUAUUUCUUCACCAUUUACUUUAGUUUCCUUUCUUUUAGGUCUCAGGAUGCUCAGCUUAAUUUAGAGUAUGUGUUAAGUACAUUGUUUCAGCGUCCAGAGAAUUUUGUGAGUGUGGAUCCAGUGAGGAGGUGAACAGUGACUAGAAAUGCUUGUUUACUACUUGGCAUGUUUUUUCCAAAGUGUUUCUUUUUUAGCUUCAUACAUCACAUAUGGACAUUGAUGCCACAUAAUAACAAGAAUGAUCUUGCCAACUCCUUCCAGGCCAAAAGAAGCCUCUGGGAAGAUGUGCCAAUGGUGAAAACGUACAGAGGGUCAGGAUGAAGCAGUAAUCUCUAUUGGCUGAAAAACUGAUCAGGUCAUACGAUGAUUGAAGUAUGUUAAUAGUAAGGGCAGAAACGUGUUGGCAUUUGGAUAAAAAAAACUGCUAACAUUAUAGAACUUAUUACCUAACAAAAUUUCACACCACAAAAAAUAUUUUAAUGGCAAAUUCAAGGUGUUUUAUUGCUUACAAAUAAGCAUCUUUGACUCUUUGAACAUCAAUUUGUGUUUACAUUGAAAUGACAAAAAGACAAACUAAGAAGAAAUAUAGCAUGCAAGUCAGAAUUCAGAGUUAAAACCAUGAUGUUGCCGCUCAGCCAGCUAUGUGACUGUUGACCCUUUCAAGAACACACAUGGAUUAAAAAGUUGGAUGACAUCCAUUGUUGGGGCCUUGGGGGAUAUGGUAAAGCAUGAAAACUAAACAGCCAGGAGACUAUGAAAUCUGCUACUGUAUUUUCCAGGACUUAAUUCCACUCCUUGGCUAAAAAAUUCUUGUAAGUUUCACAGAUUAUGAUGUGGACCUGUCACCUGUAAAUUGUCUCAAUCUACUCAGACAAGACACUAAACUGUCUUUGGAUAUAUAGAUGUCAGUGCUUAUAGCAGCUGGAAUUUGGCUAGUGACAACGUUUAAAGAUGUAAUACUAGUUAGUAUCUAUUGAAGCUUAAACUUUGCUGGUCAAGUUGUAGCUAUUGUAAUAGUAUUUAUUGAAGAAGCUCACAGUCCUUCAGUUGUACAGACUGAAAAACUUUCAUGAAAGAUCCAACAUACUAAUGUAAACUAUAUUUAUUACAAUGUAUAAUAUUAAUGUGUCAAACUGGUGUAUUUUACAAAAUAUAUGAUACAUAAAUAAGAGUUUUAUAUUACAGUGCUUUUCAAAUAUCAGUAUCUUGGAAUAUUUAAGUCUUCACAUUUUUUGGUCUAAAAUAUGAAAAUGUUUCAUGAUACAAGUGAUUAAUUUUCCCUAGUAGUGCUUUUGCAUGUUUGCCUUUUUAUUUAAGUUUUUUUCUAUAUAGACACAAUUUGGUGUCAGACUAUCAUAAGAUUGAUAGUGAAUAUAAAAUACCUUAGUCAAAUGGGGUCUGUAUUGUCUACAUUUUAUAUAUUAAAUAAAAGUUUUUUUGUCUUUUCAGGAGGUUUAGAGUAUUGUCACUAAAUAUGGUCAAAGCUUCCCUUUCCAAAUGCAAAAGUCUUGUCUUACAUUUAAAGUUGAUCUGUCAUGUUUUAGCAGUCAAGUGGGAUGGGCAUUAUAUAAACAUUACAAUGUAAGGAAAAUCUUUAAGGAGAUGGGGAGAGAAAAAGGCAGCUGGUAUAAUCAGUUACUGCUGCUUAGUUCUCCUUAAUUUUUUGUGUUGCUUCUUCUUAAGGUGAGAAAGCAUAAUCUUAAUUGUUUUGAGAUGGAAUUUUAAAGUAACACACUACCAGCGAGUUCAACACUGCUAUUGAUUUUAAUCUGUUUUUUUUGUUCAGUUGAUAACUUAAAUUCCAAGUUUUAUAGUGAUAAUUGUAUAUUAUUUGGCUGCUGAAUUCUGUUACAGUUUUUUUAUUCUGUUGUACAUUGUAUUAUACACAUCACAAAUUAAUAUGAAGGUGAAUAUAUGUUACAUAUCAAAAUUUAUGAAUUUGAAUUAUAGUAUGUUUUAGUGCUUUUGCAAAAAAGUUUAUUUUUAUAUUAUCUGUGAUUUUAAUAUAGAUGAUUGAACUAGAUUUCUUUUUGAGUGAUAGUGCCAUUGAAUGAGCAGUAUGGAAACAGUGUUACUUGAUAUUUUGAGCUUUCUCAGGUUUAUCUAAAUCAGUGGUAGGUUAACAAAACCCAGACUAAUUGUGUGUAAUUGUAUUUUUAAUAAAAGGAAAGUACAUUUCCUAUAAUAGCAUAGUACUGUUUGCAUGUAAGAGUAUGCAAAACGUUGUGUGUGUGUGUGUGUGUGUGUGUAUGUGUCUUAGUGUGUGUAAGGCAUGGCAGCCAACUUUGUAUCUGCUAUUUUUAGUACCAGCAGAGCUUCAUAAUUGUGGUCACUAGAACUGUACUUACCAUGGACAAUUAAAACUGAAAAAGACUCAAUAAAACUAUGAAACAUG